UGUAAACAAAAAAACUUCAGAAAACAGAUUAAAUUUUCGAGUUAGAAGGUUAGAUCGAUGGAGUUUGGGCCGAAAGCCCAAAAUAGAUCCGACCCUAAUCACGGUUCAAUUUGAACUGUAAAACGCUGUAGGGAUAACAAAUCGGGGAGAACCAGAACCCCAACACCAACUACAAACCCCCCCCUCCAACCUGAAUCAAAACCCCUAAAGAAUCUAUAGGGUUUAAGUUAUUUGGUACAAUGAUUAACAAAUUGGAAGCAAAGAAACUCCUCAAGGACAAGAAAUUAUGGUUUGCUUCUUUUUUGAUUGCCUGGGCUGCUGCUCUCCAGGGUCACAUGAUGUGGUUGCAGAGACAGGACUCUUUCAAGCAGAAGUUUGGAACAUUAAACGAAGAUAAUAGUGAUGUUGCACAAGAGUGACCCACGAUUAAUUGGUUUUCAAAUGUGCUUUUAGAAAUUUGAAGAUUAAACAUUUCGUGGUUGUAAAGAAACGAGAAUCUUCGGAUUUCGGAUUUUGCUUGAGUGGGUUGGCAAAUGGAAAUGUAGUUUGUGGCUUAUGUUAUCUGAUUGUUGAAUAACAAUGAUAUAGAUGAACUCGUGGUAAGUUGUGUGGUGUAAUUUUUCAAAUUAGAGGGCUCUUCUUUCUGAGUGGGAGGGAAUAUAGAUUAAGGAAAUUACAACAUCAUGUAUCUUGAUUGGUACUCAGAAGCAAUUUGAUGACUUAAAGUUGAUUGA